AUGUCCGCCCCAACUUCCGCCAUCCCAUCCACCUGCUGCGGACGCCGCGAGGCCGGCUGUGCCUGCGCCGCUGAGGCUACUUGCUCAUGCGGCAAGCAGUCUGCUCUGAACUGCAACUGCGAGAAGGCCGAGGUCGAGAACAAGGUUGUUGGAGCUAGGUGCUCUUGCAACCAACGCCCAGCUGGUGCUUGCACAUGCUCCCGCGCCAGCGGCGAGAACACCAAGCCUGCUGCUGGUUCGUCUUGCGCUUGUGGCAAGCGGUCGUCCGAUUCGUGCAACUGCAGUGGUACCGAGAAGGGUGCUUCUUCUGAUCUCGAGACCGACUUCACUACUAAGAAGUAA